AUGGACCCGAUCAAAUACAUAUUUGAGAAACUAGCUCUCACUGGUAGAAUUUCCCGAUGGAAAAGGCUAUUAUCAAAGGACGACAUCCAAUAUAUCACUCAGAAAGCCAUCAAUGGCAGUAUACUGGCAGAUCAUCUUGCUCACCAACCAGUGGAAGAUUACCAUCCUUUGAAGUUUGAUUUCCCAUACGAGGAUAUUAUGGUUACCAAAGACUAUGAAAUCCCUGGACCUGCCGAAGGACCCGAACCAGGGAAGUUAUGUACUCUUAUGUUUGACGGUGCUUCAAAUGCUACAGGUUAUGGAAUUGGGGUGGUGUUGAUGUCUCCCAAGAAUUUUCAUCUACCAUUCACAGCUUGCUUCGCCUGCACAAAUAACAUGGAUGAGUAUGAAGCUUGCAUACUGGGACUAGAGGAAGCUAUUAACUUGAGGAUCAAAGUCCUUGAAGUAUAUGGAGACUCUGCUCUAGUGAUACAUCAUAUCAUAGGUGUUGGGACGAAAGACACGCCAACUUAA